GCAAAAGCAACUGCUGCCUGGAAAGAAGGAGGCAAGCAAGAGAGGAAACCAGUCAGUAGUUUCUUUCCCUCGUUUCAGGCCAAGGAGGGAGAGAAGAAGAGAGGCUUUGGAAGAAUCCCAAAAUGAGCAACCAGCCAUUGAAGGAGAAGCUUCAGCGCCUGCAGUGUCAUUUCACCUGGAACCUUGAGGUCAAGCACAAUUUCCAGCACACCCUGAAGAAGUUGGAUCUGCACCUGGAACACACAUUUUACCAUAAUCGUGGCACCUACCUAGCCAUGAAGGCCUACCUGCACCACCUCCGAGGGGACUACCAUGAAGCUCUGGGAAGCCUCCAAAGAGCAGAGGAGGUUCUGAAACAGGAUCAUCCCACCAACUUCUCCUGCCAGGCCCUGGUGAUUUAUGGGAACUACGCCUGGAUUUAUUAUCACUUGACCAACUACGAGGAGGUGGAGCUCUACCUGGGCCGUAUCCGUGAGAUUUGUCAGGCUCUUGCCAGCCCUGAGCCUUACUCUGUGGAGAUCCCCGGAGUCCAGGCCCAAAAAGGGUGGUCCCUACUGGCAAGCGGUUUCCGGAAUGGACCAGAAGCCACCGAGUGUUUCCGAAUGGCCUUGAGGAAAGACGAGUCCAACAAGGAAUACAAGGCAGGUCUGGCAUUCUCCAUCUUUGCCUCCUGGACUCAUUCUCCAAGACAUCUUCAGCAUGAGGCCCAGGGAUUGUUGGAAGAGGUCUGUCAUCACCAGCCGCAAAACUAUGAAGCCAAAGUAUAUUUGUCUCGUGUGCUUGAGAGAACAGACCAGGAGCAAUCCAACCGCUUGGUAGAAGAGGUGAUUGAGAACAGCCUCAACCCAGAAGUCCUGAGAAAUGCCUCCAAGGUCUACAGGCCCCAGUCCCUCCCACAAGCCAUUGACAUACUGAAGAAGGCCAUAGCCCUGGACCCCAACUACCACCUCCUGCACUAUGACCUUGGUGUCUACUACAUGGAACUCAUGGAGAGAGGGUCCCCAGGAGAUAGAGAGGAAACCAUUGCAUUGGCUAUUGAGAGCUUCAAACGGUCUCUGGAAACAGAUCCUGAGUCUGUGUUUUCCCAGCUGAAGUUGGCCAAAAUGUACGGAGAAAGGUCCUUGGAGGUUUAUGAGGAAGAGAUUCAUCAGAACCUGCUGGAGGACAUGCUCAAACUCAGCAAGCGAUGCCAGCAGGCCCUCUACCUUCACCGGGGAGACUUCUUGCUCCACAGGAAAGGAGAGAGGCAGGGAGCGCUGGAGAUGUACCAGGCCUGCUACCAAGUCCAUGGUGACCAUCCUCUGGAGCGAAGUCAGCUAGUGGAAAGUCUGAAGGUCCUGGCAAGGAGAUUCCGAGAAAACAUGGAAAUGGAUCAUGCUGAGGUUGUGUACAGCUUGCUUCGAAGGUUGGGAUUUGAGGAUCGAAGAGACGAGAGGGGAGCUGCGAGGCGUGAACAGUAGAGGUCCAGAAGAUAAAGGGUUUCCACCACCAUCACAAGGAAAUCUGUGCUCCCCACAAGGAUGUGCUUUGUUCAAUCUUUCCAGGCAACUACAGUACUUAAAGAGGACAUUGUUCCUGUGCUUUCUUCUUUUUCCUUCAGCAGCCUCUUCCCACACCUUCUUUGUGCUCAACCCAGCAGAGCUUUUUUCCCCCUGCAGCAAGCAUACUGUCAAAUCAGCAGAUCAGCAAGUGAUGAUCACAUUGCUUUCCAGAAUUUGGGAAAGGGUAGCUUUUUUGGACUACAACCCCCACAGCACCCCAGCCUAGCAUGGCCAGUUUCCACCUUGGCUAGGGGAUUCUGGGGACUGCAGUCCCAAAUUUCCCCACGCUUUGCUGUUUCUUGGUGGUUCUGAACCGUCCAUCUUUGUCUUUGUAGGAACCCCCUGCCUAUAAUCUGUGAACCCCUGGAAAAGGUUAGACCACCAGGAGCUAUUGCAUGCAAAACGCCGGUUACUCUGGAGUUACUUCCUCCAAAAUAAAACUUGGCGGUGGUAAGUUUUUCCUGGAAGCACUAACUUAGAAGAGUUGCAUGUUAAUUGUAUUGUGUUAUUGCUGUUGUUGUGCUGCUGCUGCUGCAAACCUUUGCUGUUACUAAUAUUAUAAUACUAAUAAACUACUGUGUAUUCAUUUA